AUGAAGAUAACUUUGGCAUUUGUUUUGUUUCUUCAACUGCUCAUUUCCAUCGGUUGUGCAUUGGAUCGUAGCCAGUUUCCUCAAUCGUUUCUUUUCGGAACUGCAACUUCUUCUUAUCAGAUUGAAGGUGCCUACCUAGAAGGUAAUAAAAGCCUCAGCAAUUGGGAUGUGUUCACUCACAUACCAGGAAAAAUAAAAGACGGAAGUAACGGAGAUGUCGCAGAUGAUCACUACCAUCACUACAUGGAAGAUGUGGAAUUAAUGCAUUAUCUUGGAGUGAAUUCCUACAGGUUCUCCAUUUCAUGGUCAAGAGUCCUACCAAGGGGAAGAUUUGGGGAGGUUAAUUCCGGAGGAAUUGAAUUUUAUAACAAACUUAUAAAUGCCCUCUUGAUCAAAGGGAUUCAGCCAUUUGUUACAUUGAAUCAUUUUGAUAUGCCUCAAGAACUUGAAGAUCGAUAUGGGUCAUGGCUAAAUUCACAAAUACAGCAAGACUUUGGAUAUUUUGCGGAGGUAUGUUUCAAAGCUUUUGGUGAUAGAGUGAAGUAUUGGAGCACAUUCAAUGAACCAAACAUCAUUGUGCCAUAUGGUUACUUAUUUGGGGGAUGCCCACCUUCCCGUUGUUCCUAUCCCUUUGGUGAUUGUCAAUCUGGGGACUCUACAUUAGAGCCCUACAUUGCAGCGCACAAUAUGAUAUUAUCUCAUGCCACUGCUGCUGAAAUCUACAAGAAAAAAUAUCAGGUCAAACAAGGGGGAAAGAUUGGGAUAGUGAUGUCCUCCACUUGGUAUGAGCCACUUAGAGAUACCCUAACAGAUAAUUUGGCAGUUCAACGAGCUCUAGCAUUUGACACCGCCUGGUUCCUAGAUCCCAUAUUUUAUGGUGAGUAUCCUCCUGAAAUGCGCCAAAUUUUGGGUUCUAGAUUGCCAAUGUUUUCAGUGGAGGAUAAGAAGAAGUUGGGGAACAAGUUGGAUUUCAUUGGAGUUAAUCAUUAUUCUACUCUCUAUGUAAAAGACUGCAUGCUUUCUCAAUGUGAAUCUAGUACUUCUUUCGGGGAAGCCUCUGUUUACAUAACUGGAGAGAAAGAUGGCCACCCUAUUGGAGAUCCGACAGCAAUGCCAUCAUUCUAUGUUGUUCCAUAUGGCAUGGAGAAAAUUCUCAUGUACUUCAAAGAUAGAUACAACAAUACGCCAAUGUUUAUCACAGAAAACGGGUAUGCACAAGCAAGCAAUCCCAAUGUUUCCAAGAGGGACUUGCUCAAUGACGCUGGAAGAAUAGAAUACCUAAAAAGCUACUUGACUUCCCUAAAUUUAGCAAUGAGGCAUGGGGCUGAUGUGAGGGGUUACUUUGUAUGGUCUCUCAUUGACAACUUCGAGUGGCUAUAUGGAUACACGAUGAGGUUUGGGAUUUAUUAUGUGGACUACAAAACAUUAGAGAGAACACCCAAACACUCUGCUAUGUGGUACAGGCAAUUCCUGGCAAGAGAGAAGACACACAGAAAGGUUCUUUCAAGUCCGGUAGCCGGUACCUAUCAUUUUAGCUGA